CCAAACCAAACGACUCUCCCACCUCACUCUCCUCCAUUUCCAGCUUCCACUCCCAAACUACCUCUCUCUCUCUCUUUCUCUGCUUCUCUCCAAUGGCGGCCUUAGCUCGCAUCUCCAGAAAAGCCCUAACCUCCUUCUCCAGCUCAGCCCAGCCUACCUCACUCCACCGCACCUUCGCCGCCGAAGCAUCAAAAGCCGCGGCCAUAACACCCUCGCCGGAUCGGGUCAAAUGGGACUACCGAGGUCAGAGAAAGAUAAUCCCGCUAGGCCAGUGGCUGCCGAAGAUCGCCGUCGACGCCUACGUGGCACCCAACGUGGUCUUGGCCGGACAGGUCACGGUAAACGACGGAGCCUCCGUUUGGCCUGGGUCGGUCCUACGCGGUGAUCUCAAUAAGAUCACCGUCGGCUUCUGCUCCAAUGUUCAGGAACGCUGUGUCCUUCACGCUGCUUGGUCUUCCCCUACAGGACUUCCAGCAGAGACAUCCAUAGAGAGGUUUGUGACUAUUGGUGCAUACAGUCUGUUACGGUCCUGUACAAUUGAGCCAGAAUGCAUUAUUGGGCAGCAUUCGAUUCUCAUGGAAGGUUCCUUGGUGGAGACCCAUGCUAUCCUUGAAGCUGGAUCUGUCGUUCCCCCAGGGAGAAGAAUUCCAACUGGUGAACUUUGGGCUGGAAACCCAGCAAGGUUUGUCCGAACCCUGACGCAUGAAGAGACCUUGGAAAUCCCCAAACUUGCUGUCGCAAUAAAUGAUUUAAGCAAAGAAUAUUUCCAAGAAUUCCUCCCUUACUCCACAGUAUACUUGGAGGUUGAAAAGUUCAAGAAGUCUUUGGGGAUUUCUAUUUGAUCAGUUGCGUUGUCAUGUUUCUGUGUAUUGUUUAGUUGGAGGCUUUCCUUGUAUGGAAAUAAGCAGCUCCGAGACAGAGCUUUCUUUUUUGGGUGUCUACCUUGUAUUUCGACCAAAUUGUUUUCAAAUAUCAAUUGACAAUCGGCUGUCCUAUGGUAGUUCCGGGCCGGCACUUAUCAGGAAAUUCUGAUCAUUUGUUAAAGCUCAAUGCCUGUGGUUGUGGCUGGCAGGUUUUUAUGUUAUAUAUAAAGAUGAGAAACCAUUGCUGUUUUCC